AUGGAAAAAUCCAAUGACAGCUUAGACUAUGGCUUUACCUUGGUGGGUUUCUCUGAUUGUUCCAAGCUGGAGAUGGUGUUCUUCAUAGUAAAUUUUACUCUGUAUUCAAUGGCUGUUCUGGGAAAUUCAACUAUAAUGCUUCUAUGUAUAUUAGACCCUUGGCUUCAUACUCCAAUGUACUUCUUUCUGGCACAUCUUUCCUUUCUUGAUCUCUGCUUCAGUACUAGUUGCAUCCCACAGAUGCUGGUAAACCUCUGGGGCCCUGAUAAGACUAUCAGCUAUACUGGCUGCGUUGUCCAACUUUUCUCUUUCCUUUCUGUUGGGGGAAACAAGUGUAUCCUUCCGGUUGUCAUGGCAUAUGACCGUUAUGCUGCAGUCUGUAAACCUUCGCACUGUAUGGUCAUUAUGCAUCCCCAGGCUGUGGCCUGAGGGAGUGGACUGGUCAAUGCCAUUGUCAUGUCCCCACUAACAAUGACCCUCUCCAGAUGUGGUCGCUGCAGAGUUAACCAUUUCCUCUGCGAAAGGCCAACAUUGAUCAAGAUGGCUUGUGUGGAUGCUCGUGCAGUGGAAAUGCUGGCCUUUGCCUUUGCCAUCCUCAUUGUCCUACUGCCCCUCACUCUUAUUCUUGUCUCCUACGGCUACAUCGCUGUAGCCGUGCUGAGAAUCAAGCCAGCUGCCGGGCGAUGGAAGGCCUUUAAUACCUGUAGCUCCCACCUCACAGUGGUCUCUCUGUUUUAUGGGAGCAUCAUCUAUAUGUAUAUGCAGGCAGGAAACAGUUCUUCCCAAGACAAAGGCAAGUUUCUCACUCUCUUCUACAACCUAGUGACUGCCAUGUUGAAUCUGCUCAUCUAUACUUUAAGGAAUAAGAAGGUGAAAGGGGCAUUGAAGAAGGUUUUUGGAAGGCAAUAA